AUGCCCAUUCACCAAGUCGUUAAAGCCCUCCCUCGCGCGCAAUUCCUCACGCAGAAGAAGGCGCCUCACACUCGGACAAUUUCACGAAUCAAGGCUUUGGAGGAAUUCGUUGCAGGCACCUGCACGCUCGUGCAUGUUAAUGGACACAGGCCUGAAAAGACCUUUGUUCGUGUGGAGCGCCCUCAAGAGCGGUACUUUGUCACCGGCUCCCUCGAGUCACUGCCCGUUCGCGGAUUACUCCAGCAAACACGUCGAUUGGUGUCGGAAGCCACCAACGGCUCAAAUGUGGAUUGGAUCAAUCGGCCGACGUGGCUACCACCGGAAUUCGAGUGGACGAGCCCAGAACAUAUGACCAAGACUAAUUUGCUCGAGUUGAGCCACAUGUGUCUGGAACAGAUCUUUUCUCCCAACUACUGUGGCCCUGUGCAGUUUGCGAAUGGACGCGUAGAGUUUUUAGCUCAUUAG